GCGCGGAACGAAGCCGCGGGGCACGCGGAGAGGCCAUGGAGGGCGCCGCCGGCUGCUCCGCGCAGUCCCGUCCGGAGGAGGAGGAGGAGGGCGCCAGGCGGGCGGAUCACCCUGCGCUCACAGGGAUGAUGUCAUUGGAUGUAGCUGACAGCAGUUGUGUGCAUGCUGCUUUCUUAGUUUACUUAGACCUCUUAGAAGCUAGGAACUGGCAUGAGGUGUCCUACAUUGGCCUUGCGGAAUUCCAGCUUGUGUGUCUCUGCGGACGAGAGAGAGAAGCGGAUGGUUUACAAGUGGUGGUGCCAACUCCUGUCCACGUGUCAAUUAGCCAUGAGAGGUUGAGACACAUCAUGAAGAGAUCAUAUACUCUGAAGGAUGAACCUGAUUCUCCGCUCUCUAUCACACUGGCCAUAGUUGAAUCAGACUCCACAAUAGUCUACUAUAAACUGACACAUGGUUUUGUAACCCCAGACCCUCCUGACGAUACUGAAUACGUGGAUAAUAAGCAGUGGAGGAAGAAAAGAAAGAGGUUUAUGAGACGAUAGGAAAAUAGACUACUGUGUUAGCUCUGGACUACGUCAAAUCUCUAAACCAAUCUGGAACUGUGUAUGUGAAUUAAAAGGUGCAAUUGGGAGCUGAACAUCUGCUUUGAAAAUCCUUAAUAAGGUCUGAGAAUUGUAAUAAAUGGGAACAUCAAAGAUGCCAUGGACCAA